AUGUCUUCUGAUAGUAAAAAGGGAAUUCCCUCCAACGAAGAACUCAUAGAGGAACUCACUAAGAACUUGGAAAGUUCAGCCAUUAAAACAGAUUUUUCUGGUGGUGAUGAAUCUCAUCACAGUGAAUCGGAUUCAGAGGUUGAUACUAACAUAAAUGAAGAAAAUGAAAUUAGAGAUGAAGAUUACAUUGAUGACGCGCUGUUAAAGGAAAGAGAUGAUAAAUUACCAGAAGAGAAAAAACGGGAGUUAUUGCAAGAAGCUCUUAGUUUAAAAAAUGAAGGUAACAUCAAAUUUAAGAAUCAAGAACACGAAGAAGCUUCUAAAAUAUACACAGAUGCAUUACGUACUUGUCCAUUAAUUUUUCCAAAUUACAGGGCUAUAUUUUUCGCAAAUCGAGCUGCAGCGAAAUCUAACAUUAAUAUAGAAAGUGCUAUACAAGAUUGUACCCGUGCUAUUGAGUUAGAUCCUGAUUAUUUAAAGGCGUAUAUUAGACGUUCUAAAUUGUUUGAACGCAAUGACAAGCUUGAUGAAGCAUUAGAUGAUCUAAAAAAAGUCCUUGAAAUUGAUCGAAAUUAUGCUGAAGUGGCAUACAAUGCCAGAGUGUUACAAGAAAAAAUAAAUGAGCGUAAUGAAAAAUUAAAAACUGAAAUGAUGGCGAAACUUAAAGAUUUGGGCAAUAUGGUACUAAAGCCAUUUGGUUUAUCUACCCAAAACUUCCAACUUAACCAAGAUCCAAACACUGGUGGAUACUCAGUUAAUUUCAAACAAUAA